AUGCAAAAAGUUUAAAUAGCAUAUAAUUAUUGCUAAAAGGAGUCUCAUACAGAAGAAUGGCUAAAUACAAUUUGUAUUGACUAAAAUUGUUAAUAAGAAAGACUUCUCUGUUGUUUAUGCUUAGAACUUCAUGAAGGACACAGAGUCACUGCUUUAAAAAAGUUUCUAAUAGAGUAUAAAUAACAAUACCAAAAAAAAAAGAGAGAUGAAGAGGAAAUGAAUGACAAAUAUUGGUUAGUUGUCUAUUUAUUCAUAUUUAGUUUAUCCAAAAUCUUAGAGAGCUUCGAAAAAGAGGUAAUAUAGGUCAAGUAAAUUAUUGAUGGGAAUUUCGAUAAUCUUUUGAGUUAAAUAAAAGAGUCUAUCUCUAAUUUUAACUGUUUAGAGACAUGUUAAACUUAUGAUAAAAUUGGAAAGAUUCUCGAUAAGAUAUCUACAUCAGAAUAAGCAAUAGACGAUGUGAAAUAGUUGUUUUCCUCAAUCGAAACCAUUACCUCAAAAGAUGGGUUUUAAUUUUAAAUAGUAUAACCUCGCCCAAAACUUAGUAAUCUAUAAGAGAGGCAUUUUUCAUCAUAACAAAUUUUCAACGAUUAUGUCGAAUUUAAUAAAUAAAUUUGUUUAAACUUUGAAAAAACAAUUAAUAAAUUGAGCAAAUAAAUAAAAGGUUUCUUUAGUGAAAUUCAAAAUAAUGACGAUUCAGACAGCCUAGGAUAGAUUUCAACAUCAAUAAGCAAUUGGAAGGAGGAUCAUACUCAAAUUUUGACAUAAAAUUGUUAGAACGGAAUCUAAUAUUAACCUAAAUAGAAUGAUUAGACAGAGUGA